GCAAUGAGUCAGGAUUCAUGCAACCUAUCACCAACUAAACCAAAAAUACUUGUUGGAUAUUAUCCCGCUUAUAAGCUUAAUAAUUUAAAACCAGAGAUAGAUUUUAAUAUCAGCUCAUCAAUUGAUUACCUAAACUUUAUUGCAUUUGGCCCAAAUGACCUUGUUAAUAAUGGCGCAAAUCUUAUUGAUGGUGGUGACCCAUUUGUAUUGUUUCGCGAACAAUUUUCCAAAUUUAAUCAGUUGUCGUCAAGAAAUCUAAAAUUUAAG